AUGAUGACUUUGAUCCGCACCGGUUAUAGACAGAAAGCGGCCCUAAAACCAGUCAUGUUUUGGAUACACGGCGGAGCUUUUGUUAUUGGGUCCAUAUUUCAACAACAAUACAACUCUAGUCUAUUGGCGGCACACAAUGUGGUGGUUGUGUCCGUCAACUACAGGUUAGGACCGUUUGGUUGGCUAUACGGGGAUCGGGAGGACGCGCCCGCAAAUGUCGGACUCUAUGAUCAGUUAUUGGCUCUCAAAUGG